AUGUUUAAGCGGCUCAAACAUCAUUUCAGCGACGAAGCCAAGGCGGACCGGGAACAUCAACGCCAAGAGCACGACGCGCAACUCCGGGAGCGCCAAUGGGAGCAGGAGCGACAACUCCAAUUAGCGGCAGAGGCCGAAGUGGAGGAGCGCCGCCAGAAAUUGGCGUUCAAAAAUACGAUUCUGGACAUCCUCGCAGAGGGCAAGGUGCCGGACCUCGACCUGGAGGUUGACGUGCCUUUCAAAUUGCAGAAGGGGGAACGUUGGCUAUUGGCCGCUAACGACGUGCCGUAUGCGGAAAUGCGGGUGCAGCGCGAGAUUAAAGGCAGGUCGGCCGGGACCAGCGUUCGAGUGAUGAAGGGCGUGUCCGUUCGGGCUGGCGCGUCGCGGGGCACUCCCGUCGAAACGGACGUGCUGACCCCGAGGGGGCGCGGGCUCUUUGCAGUUUCAACCAAGCACCUGUUUUUCAAUGGUGACCGGUCAUUCCGGAUCCCCUACGGGAAAAUCGUAUCCGCUCAGACAGUGUCAGGGGGCCUGGAAAUUGUCCGCGACCGGGCAAGCGCACUGCCUGAAUAUUUCGGUAUCGAAGACGAUGACGCGGAAUUUGUAGCCAGCCUGAUACACCUGCUCCCCGAAGUCGACUUCGGCAGGAGCGAACCGCAAAUCCAGUCCGUAGAGUAUUACAUGUUGCCGGGCGGCGAUAUUGGCGCGGACGACAUGCUGGAGCAAGACUAG